AUGAACAGCGGCGUGUGCCUGUGCGUGCUGAUGGCGGUGCUGGUGGCGGGCGCCCUGACGCAGCCGGUGCCCCGCGCAGAUCCCGCUGGCUCCGGGGUGCAACGGGCAGGGGAGGCGCCCCGGAGGCAGCUGAGGGCCGUGCAGAGGACGGACGUCGAGCCCCGAGCGCGCCUGGGCGCGCUGCUGGCCAGAUACAUCCAGCAGGCGCGGAAAGCUCCUUCUGGCCGAAUGUCCAUCAUUAAGAACCUGCAGAGCCUGGAUCCCAGCCACAGGAUAAGUGACCGGGACUACAUGGGCUGGAUGGAUUUUGGCCGGCGCAGUGCCGAGGAGUAUGAGUACCCCUCCUAG